CACGACGCUUUUAGGCCCCCUUUUUGGCCGAUAGCCCGAGAGAGAUCGAAACGAGAAUUUAUCGAAAAUUAGAAGAGAUGGACUCGCUGGAGCGUCUAAUGAGUUCCCGUUCUCACCAUCCGGCUCUCACGGCAGCCACGCGAUCGCAGAAUGCCUUUGUACAGGCUAAUCUCUGUUCCGUGAUAGGCCGCAAAGGGCGACACCUCAACGGAACUUUCUGUUUAACUGGGGAUACGAUGGAAGGCAUCAUACAGUGUCUGGUCUUCCUCAAAGCUUUUUCGGUACGUAUAAUCGAGUCAAAAUGGAAUGCCGCUCCUCGGAUAUGACGUACGUGCCGCGAAACGUGAGUGUGGUCAGUGUGGUCAGACGGUGCCGGAGCGUUGUAACGAAAGCUCUCAGCUAAUACUUUGUAAACAAAAGUAGAAUGCAAAUAAAUCGUUUACCAUACUA